AUCGAACCACGCGGGUGCAAAGUUUUAUUCGCAUGACUUCCGCUCCAACGCCAGCUUAGUUUUAAUUCACACUCACACUCACUAUUCCAGUCCCACGGGGUGAUGAACUGAUCAUUGAUUUGAAAACUGCUUCGAAGUACUCGUAAUACGUUGCUCAAUUUCAUGUGUCUACCCAUCGUUGACCCCUCCAGAGAGUUGUGCUCUGCAGGCAUAUUGAGGAGGAGGUUUCCCGCUAUAAAAGAAUGGCUUGUUGCUUCGGAUUUUUAGAAUCCCCUGAAAGCUUUUACUUUCCCUUUUUUACUGGAGCAAUUUAAAGUUACGUUUUCUGUACUGUACGCUGCCGGUCAGACAACUUUUGAAAUUCACCGCUGAGCAAAAUAGAAGGACACCGUUUCGUCAUGUCGCCUAAUUCCUUCUUACCCGCCAUCAUGUUGCUAUUGGUGACGGCUGCUUUUAGCGGGGCAGAUCCAAUCCCACCGUCGCCAAGUCCUGCAAAUAUGGCGUCAGCCGGCGGUGAAAGCUGCAUGGUUCGUUGGAUGCUCCAGUCAGGUGUAGAGCUGACGAUGGCCGAGAAGUACGAAGGUGUGUUCAAGACCAUUGGAAUGACCGAAGCUAAGCUACUUGAGCUAGACACUGAUGUCCUGGCUUUCCUGAUGGGUAUGACGGGUGACCAUGCUACUAUGCUCAAGUCCUGCCUGGAUGGUACCAAUCCUCUAUGUGCUGAUGCGUUCGACCCGUGCAACACCGAGGGAGAGUGUGCGUUCAACACUGAUAGUCGUUCAUACAUGUGCCAAUGCCAACCAGGCAGAACAGGACAUUAUUGCGAGAAUGAGAUAGACGAGUGUGCUAGUGAACCGUGUCAGAAUGGCGGGCGGUGCAUCGACGCACUCAACAGCUUCACGUGUGACUGCUCAGUUGGCCACGAGGGAGACGUAUGUCAAAAACGUUGGCUGACACGGGAUUUGUUCAGUGCUCUUAACGCUAGUUUGGCGAUGGAGAAAGCAAAGAAUGAUAAACUUCAGUCGCAGUUAGCUGAGGCGAACCGCACCAUCAGGGAGAAGGUGAAAGAGAACGCAAACCGGCUAACUGAGGCGAACCACACCACGGUGAAUCGCAUAAGGCAAAUUGAAGGCCCUUUAUCUAAUUUGCAGGAGUUACAACAAUGCAAUGCGGCAUCACUGGGGUUCGCCUAUACAGCGCAUAACAAAAUACUCGGUAGAGAUUCACAAUUGGCUAGCGUCCAGGUCACCAAGAAGCGUGCAUCCACCCUCCUGAGAAUCACUUACUCAACCAGUAUUUCUACUCGAAGUGGUGGGACAGAGUGGUUUGCUAAAAUUGACGGUCAAGAGUGUUCUCAGCCAUCACAUAUCAAUUUCUUUCACGAGAGACAAGGACAGGAAACCAUCCAUAUCCCUGGACAUCUGGAAGGUCUGUGCAGGGCCACAAGCUCGGGACCAAUUAUGCAAGGCCGUCACGUGAUCACAAUUCACGCCAGAGACCUUCUUUCGUACGUCAGUAGGUCUAUGCAUCAUACUCUCGUCGGGUGGAAGUCAACAUCUCUCCUGCAAGUCAGGGAAAUAUGUGACCAAUAAACUAUUUUCGUCUCACAAGAGGGUAUCGAAUCAAAUCACCAUAUACAUGUACAUAUAUUCUCCAGUGUGAUUAACAUCUUGACAAUUCUCACACGGUCCAACCUCUCACUCCUCAAUCUAUUUCCAUUUCUAUGUAUUCCUAUGUAUCUUGAGAGGAUUGGGAGACCUUUAAAUGCAAAGGAUCAUCCGGGGAAGUGAACUGCCUGAAAAGAGAAAAAAAUGCCUGGCCCACCUGGUGGGUCUGUUCUGGCGCGUCCUGGUGGGUCUUGAAUUUUUAUCUUUUCAGGCAGUUCACUUCCCCGACUGAUCGAUGUAUUUCUAUGCAUUUCUGUGUAUAUCUGUACUAGACCACUUCCCCCUGUAUUUAUGUCUAUGUAUUGCUGUGUAUGUCUAGACUAGACCACUUCCCCCUGUAUUUACAUGUAUGUCUACGUAUUUCUGUGUAUUCACUUCUGUGUACAUGUAUGUCUACAAGGAGGAAAUCUUCCUUUCGCCAGCUGAGAGGGGUCAACAAUAAUGUGAAUUGACUCGUUUUGGUACGAUAAAAUGAACAUUAUUAGAUCUAAAAAAGAGAAGAAACACAUGAGAACGA